CCAAAUCAUCCAGAACCGCCAAAAUGAAGUUCACAAUCCUCACUUCCCUCUUCUUCACGGCUCUCUCCGUCAACGCCGCCGUCAUCGAGUCCGAUACCUCGGUUCUCCGCCGCGACAUCUUUGCCCGCCAGAACGCCGGCCGCCCCGUCCCCAACGGCGGCUGCUGCGUCGCCAACACCAGCUUGAAGCAGGAUGUUUGCAAGGUCAAUGGCCAGUCGGGGAGGUGUGUGCCUGCAGGUGUUAACAACUGCGGCGAGCGAUUGACGUGCAUUGAGGACUCGAGGUUGACUUGCAACGCCAAGGUGUUGGAGAGGGGAAGGCCUUUGUGCAGACUUCGCCAGGGUGCGUAA